AUGGCACCCAAAAAACCGCGCGAUCGCAAACGGCAGACCAAAAUCAACUUCUCGCCUGCCCCCAAAUCCUCGCCUGCGACGAAAUCGAGUGCUGCCACAACCAUGGGGACCUCGCCCUCGCGGCCGAACCUGACGGCUAUGCGACCGACAAAAGCGCCCAGCAGAGCUUCCAAAAAGAACAAGCAAGACUUCUGGGGUGAGGAUGAAUUGGCAGCCGGAAUAAAGCGAGGAAAGGGGUUGGGCAAGCUCAUCGGAAGCACGGCGCAUGGCAUGUUCGACAGCUCCAGCAGUGAUUCUGCCGGUUCCACAGCUCCAGAAGAGGACGAACCACCGAAGCUUGUUGAGUCACAAAUGCGAAGAAGAGCAGCGACGUACAGCGAAAGCGGAUCUGAGGACGAAGAGGACGAGGAAGACGAGGUGCCAGUGGAGGAGCCUAAAUCACGAAAGCGAAGACGAGCCACGACGCCCAGCGAAUCUGGGGACGAGGAGCUUACAGUUACAGUUAUCCCACGCAAGCGACAACGCCGCGUCAAAAUCGAGUCUGAUAGCUCAGAAAAACCGAAGAAGGAAAAGAAGAAAGACAAAAAGGACAGCAAACGGCGCAAGACGAAGGAGAGUACGCCGGAGAAGGAAGAGACGCAGCCUGUACCUCGUAGCAGCCGACGAGGGGCUGUGAAGAAGGCUACGACACCAGAUGAAGAUGAUGAGGAGGACGAGCCUCUCACACCAGCUCCAAGGUCGAGGCGGAAGACCACCCGUAGGAAGUCUCCAUCUGCUGAGGAGGAAGAGAAGGAGCAGAGUCCACCACGAAGCACAAGACGCAGACUCAAAAGGCGAAAAUCCCCCUCAGAAGAUGAAGAGGAACCUUCAGCUACGCCUGAACCUGCGAAGCGCAGAAGCAGGGGAGAUGCUGUGUCGAAUGGAGAAGAUCUGGACGAAGCCGACGGAAGCGCAAAUGAACAAGAGGACAACGAAGAGCAGGAUGAGUUGAAAGAAGAACUCGCAUUCUUGAGAUCAUCUCCACUACCAGACCGUGGCAGAUUAAGAAGCACGCAAGACAAACCUAAGAAUAAACGGCAGGAAGCUCUUGAAGCGCUAAAAAGGCGACGUGCCGGCACUACAGGCACCAACGAGCCUUCUUCCUCCGUCACACCUGGGCGUAAAAGAGCGGUCGUGGUCGAUUCAGAUUCCGAGUCAGAGCUUGAGGUGAUUAAGGAAGAGCCAGAUAGUGAUCUUGAGAUCUUGGGACAGGACGAUAUCGAAGAUGACGAGCAAGAAGAGUCAGACCGUGAUGCCAAUGCCCUGGACAUGUUCCAAGAGGACCAAGAAGAUGAGCAGUUCAUCGACGACGACCCAGAUAACAUGAUUGGCGAACCAUCUGUCAACGACGACCUCGACGAAAUGCGUCUAGCAUUCAGCUUAUCGCGUGCGAAAACUCGGGAUUUAUUCAAACACGCUGUCGAGUGGAUGGUCAUGAAGAAAAUCCACCCAGGUUUCGAUUCGAACAAAAACGUCUACACGCUGACGUUCCGUAAACUGGAUGACGAAGUGAAGGGCCUCGCCGGAUCCAAAUACACAUCCUCAGCCUGGACAGCCGACUUUACAAGGGCUAUCCGCGCACGCCCAGAUCUCAUGAUCAACGAACUCAGCGCUGCCGAAAGAGCCGUAAUGUCACCACACUGCGAAGCAUGCAAUAGAAGCAACCAUACAGCAAGCUUCGAGCUCCUUCUCCAAGGUCAGCCCUACCACCCGGAAACACUGGAACCCCUUGCCAAUGCGUCAGAUUCCUCUGAUUCCGAUAGCGACGACAGCGACUCUUCCGGCCUGUCCUCCGACUCUGAAACCGCACUCAACGGCGAAAAACCAACUUACAACUACCAAAAAGACCGUAUACCCCCAGAAUCCCACCGCUUCCCUCUCGGCUCAACAUGCAAAGCCAACGCACAAGUUGCGCAUACGCUGUACCACUGGCGGUACAAUCUCUACCAGUGGGUGAAAGAUUACCUCAAGGCCGAGGGACAUUUGACGGCGGAGAAGCUGGUCAAGAGAGAUGGAAGGAGCGAUCGCAAGAGGGCAAAGGAGGCAAGGAAGAUUGUGGAUGCUAUGGAGGCGGAUGGGCAGAUCAGGUCGCUUUAUCAUUCGUACAAGACUCAGCUGCAGGCGGCGGUGGAGGCGGAUAAUGAUUAUGCGAAUGGCUGGGGAAGGAGGGGUUGA